GAAAGAGUGGAUUCAAAGGUCACAGGUCAUGGAUGCUUUUCUAACGGUGGCUGUCUUCUUGGUGUUUCAGGUCAGAUGUUCCUGAUCGACCGCUUCCUGGGCAACACCUUCCUCACGUUCGGUCUGGACGUGAUCAAGUUCAUGGAAGAUGAUCAGGAGGUGCGCAUGGACCCCAUGAUCUUCGUGUUCCCGCGCAUGACCAAGUGUUCCUUCAGCAAGUUCGGCACGUCGGGCGAGCUGGAGCGCUACGACUCGCUCUGCAUCCUGCCCAUCAACAUCGUCAACGAGAAAAUCUACAUCUUCCUGUGGUUCUGGUUCCUGCUGCUGGUGUUCCUCACGUUCUUCGUGCUGCUCUACCGACUCAUGAUCAUCCUGAGUCCGAGGAUGCGCGCCUACCUCCUUUGUCUCCGCUUCCGUCUAAUCAACAAAGAGGUGAUCAAUACGAUAGUGAGGAAGAGUAAGAUGGGCGACUGGUUCCUCUUCUACAUGCUGGGCCAGAACGUGGACACGCUCAUAUUCAAAGAGGUGAUGCACGAACUAGCCAAGAGACUCGGCCACGCCUCAAAAGACUUUGGAGAACCAUGAGAUCUGCUGUAAAUAGCCACACAGGGUGUUUCACCACGAACGUCUGUGAUCCUAACGCAAGUAGUUUAAGGUAGCGUCCCAGUCAGCGGAAGCCACGGCAAGCACGCCUCUCCCCACCACCUGCCGCGUCCUGCCACAUCAAGACUGCCGGCGCCCGUGUCGCAUCCUACUCACCACCACCUCCACCCACACAACACCGCCUCCCUCAC